UCUAGCCUCCAUCCAAUUGUAACUGCUCAGAAGUAAACGAAACAACAAACACUACUGGGCGCAAUCUAAACAAUGCUGACGUUACCAAAAAUAUGUUUUAAAAGACUCUUGAACUCGACUUGCGUAAAAUGUGAACAGCAAACAAAUGCAAUUUCCGCCUAAAAUAGUAUUUUAUAAAAAGUAUUCACUUGCUCAAUGUGAGACAAACACAGUCGCAACGCCAACUGCCUUCAGUUUCAAUUAUUUGUUUUUGUUUUUGUUUGUGUUUUUGCUUGCACAAGUGCGGCGCCAUCCAUUCUCAGCGAUAAGAGAGUGCCCUACAAUAAUUUUCCACAGUUUCGCUUAGCUCAUCGUCAGGAGAAAGUUUCCAAACUUGCAUCAUGUUCUCUCACUCGGGUCAUGUUAUGACGCUGGCCAAUAGCAUCAUUGGCGUGGGCAUUUUGGCCAUGCCGUUCUGCUUUCAAAAGUGCGGCAUCAUACUGUCUAUUGUGCUGCUGGUGCUCAGCAAUUGGAUAACUCGCAUUUGCUGUCACUAUCUGAUCAAAACAUCGCUGCUGACACGUCGCAAAAGUUUCGAACUUCUGGGUCUCCACGCAUUCGGCACAUCCGGCAAACUAUUAGCAGAACUCUGUAUAAUUGGUUACCUUAUCGGUACAUGUAUAACGUAUUUCGUUGUUGUGGGCGACCUGGGACCACAAAUUGUUUGCAAGCUAUUUUCGCUGGAUAUCGCCGAACACGAUCACUUGCGCACGGUCGUUAUGAUAGCUAUAACUAUCUGUUGCAUUGUUCCAUUAGGCAUGCUACGCAAUGUGGACAGCUUAUCGGCUGUAUGCACCGCUUCCAUUGGUUUCUACGUGUGUCUCAUGCUUAAGAUUGUGCUGGAAUCGGAGUCGCAUAUUGUGGCCAAUGAUUGGACCGAGAAAGUACUCUACUGGGAACCUGCUGGAGUGCUACAAUGCUUGCCCAUCUUCAGCAUGGCUCUAUCGUGUCAAAUGCAGCUCUUCGAAGUCUUUGACAGCAUCAACAAUCAGAGUUUGGAUAAGUUGAAUGGCAUUGUUCGCAAUGCUACUUGGAUUUGUACCUUUGUCUAUAUAUCUGUUGGAUUCUUUGGUUAUGUGGCUUACUGUCAGCAUACGUUUUCCGGCAACAUUUUGGUUAACUUAUCGCCCUCAUUUGGUAGCGAUAUCAUUAAAAUUGGUUUUGUACUCUCAAUUGCAUUUAGUUUUCCGCUGGUUAUUUUCCCCUGCCGUGCCAGCAUCUACUCUCUGUUGUACCGGAAGCAGGGACACGUGGAGAACAGCAGUUACAUACCAGAGCGUCGCUUUCGGUUUAUUACGCUCUUCAUUGUGGUCUUCUCACUUUGCGUUGCGCUGGUGAUUCCAUCGGUGGAGCUGAUCAUUGGAUUGGUUGGAUCCACAAUUGGCGUGGCCAUUUGCAUCAUGUUUCCAGCAUCCAGUUUUAGAAAGAUCAUCAAAAAGGAAUCGACGGAACGCACCUUAGCCCAAUUUGUAUUUGUGAGCGGCUUUUGCCUCAUGAUACUCGGCACCUAUGCGAAUCUGAAUGCCAUCGAUGCCCAGAGCUCGGGCCCUCAAUUUGAUGGUGUUCAAAUGGUUACACCACUAACACCCAACGUAAAACCACCGCCAGCACUAGACAUACAAUUGCAAAACUCCGAGAUUUUAAAACACUUAGUUAAAGAACCCAACGAAGCUGCUGUUAAAAAAGUAUUAAAAAAUCUAGAUGAUGGCAAACGUGUAGUUAACGCUGAAAGCGUUAAAAUUGCAGAGAAGCCAAUUGUAGAAAGUGCUUCGUCAGAUAACCCACCGAUGCCUCCGCUGCCUGUAGACGAAUCACAUUCGAAAGAUACGAAAGACGAACCACCUUUGGACAAAGCAGAAAACGCGCCCAAAGUUGAUGCAAAACCAGAGCAAAUAAAAGAAGCUGAGGCAAUUGAGAAGAAAAGCUUAACAGUUGAAAAAGUAAAAGAUACUGUUGUUGCAGCUCCUGAACCCAGGAAGUCAAAACCGCCUGCGGAAUUGCCAGUAGCUGCACAGCAAACGAUUGAUGGUGCUGCCAUCAAAAAGGAAGAGGAAAUAACAGCCGAGGAGCAAAAGGACAAUAAAAGAAAUGCAGACGAACUUCGUGAAACACAAAAGGAACUCAAGGAAAAAAUGCAACAGUUGGAACGUACCGUGGAUGAGUUGAAUGUGGAGUUGGCCAAGCAAAAGCCACAGAAUGAAAAUACCAUGAAAUUACUCGAACGCAGCAUGGACAAGCUGAAUGAUGAGUUGGCCAAACAAAACCCUGACAAUCCAAAGCCUUUGGUUGUCAAUGAACUCGCCGAGGCGUUGAACAAAGUCAAGGAAACCAAUCGUCAAGAGGAAGAACUUAAGAAGGUUGAGCAACCGCAGCCACAGCCACAACAACUAGAGGCACAACCGCAGCCUCAACCACAACCUCAACCACAACCUCAACCACAACCUCAACCACAACCUCAACCACAACCACAGCCACAAGAAGCUAACCCAGUAGUCAAAGAACGUAAACCGGUUUCAUUGAUGGAAAUGCUAACAGAGAAUGCGCACGCACGUGAGGAGCAGGAGGCGCAUGCCGGCGUCUUCGAGCCGCUCUCCUACAAAACGGGAGAGCUGCUUAAGAAUGGAACUGCGGACGUGGCGCCAUCGCUAGUUCAACGACUGCCGCUGCCUCUUGUGCUACUGGCGAAUGCCACUCGGACAAAAGCAAACAAAACUUUGGCAGCAGAUGCGCAGGCCAACAAAUCUAGCGAUGUUGUCAAUGUGGAAGCCAUUCGGCGAGAGCUGUUGCAAGUAAAGGAGCAACAGAUUACGACUGCCUCUCCCAUGAUCCGCAUUAAACGCGAUGUGGACGGCAACGAAAACUGUCUUCCUGAGCCCAAGCUCAAUGAGGUGAACAAUGGAGUUAGUUUACAAAUCGAAAAUAUGGGACGUGAACUAAAGUCCAUACAGGAUGAAGAUGAAGACACAACAUCGACGACAACAACGCCGUCCUCCGAAACCAACACUAAACAUGAAAAGAGUUAGGAGUACGUAAUCCAGAGCAUAGUGAAGCAUCACUUGAUAUUUAUACUUACGUACAGUUCCAGUGUGAUUUUCACAGGGCAAAUUAGCUUUAUGUACAUAUACAUUAAACUUAGUUUUAGGGCUAAUAUUGUAUUAGUAUGAGUGUAGCAUACUAAAAGUUAACAAUUCCUAUUAUCUAUGUAAAUAAAAGACCAUUGUGUAGUCAAGAAUGCUUGACCAAAGGCAACCUGUAGUAAUACUAUAAUGAAUUUAAUUAUAUUAAUAUUUAUCAUAUUUUAACUGCCGAAGAGAAUUCCUCUAUAAUCCCUAUUUUCGGUUUAAUUACUUUUUUUUAUUUAUCUACGCAGCUCUAAGAGAGAAGUGCCUUUAUGAUUUGUAACUGAUAGUACCCAACAUAACAUGUAAGGUAUUGAAAUCAAAUAUACUUAUAAGUAUAUUGAAAUGGUCUCAAUACUGUUCCUUAAACAAAAAAUAAAUAAUAAAAUGAGCUGUAAAAUAAAUGUUUAGCCAUGUUGUGUUUCAUGUUUAUGCACUUACUAUUAUUUAUCUCUUUUUAUUUAUGUUCUGAUACUCUAUAUAUUCUUAAAUAUAAUGUAUCUAUAGUUUGCCGAAACU